GCCACCACGUAGCCUGACCGAACAACGCACGGCUUUAGAUAUGCGGAUCCGUGACAUUUCACUUCAACAACACACUGCUGCCGCCCGCGGAUUGCUUCCUCCGAUUUACUGUAUAUAAUUCCAAAACAUUUACUAACAUAAUGACUGACGAGCAACACUCUCCUUCUCAAUACACGACAUCUGUUUUUAAGAAAAGCUGUUAAAAUCAUCUGAAGCUAUGAAUUGGCCAGAUAUAAUCCUCAUCCUAUUGGCUGUCAAUCUGGGUGACCUCAUCCCUGGCCCUACCCUAUGCCACGCCUCUCAAAAGCAUCAGAAAUCCGGCUGCCAGGUGCGAAACGGCCGGGCUGACUGCAGACACCUCAGCCUCAAGGAGAUCCCUCCCAACCUGCCCAGGAAUAUCACCGGCCUGGAUGUCUCCCACAACAGGCUGGUGGAGCUACCCCCAGCAUCGCUGGCCCCUUACCCAGGGCUCGUGCAGCUGGAUGUGGGCUUCAACAGCCUCACCAAGCUUGAGGAAAGCCUGUGUCAGACCCUGGGCCUGCUGAGGACACUGAACGUGCAGCACAAUGAGGUACAUCGGCUGACGGAGAAGGAGUUGAGCAGCUGCACCAAUCUGACAGAGUUGAACCUGGCUGGCAACAGGCUGAAGCUACAGGGAGAGCCCUUCUCUGCCCUACAGAGUCUGACACUGCUGGACGUGUCCAGAAAUGACCUGAAGACAGCCACGUUGGGCAUCCGCCUUCAGCUUCCAAGCCUGGUGACUCUCAUUUUGUCUGGCAACACUAUCUCAACCUUCAAAAAGGAUGACUUCUUCUUUCUAAGUAAUUCCUCAUCCCUACGAGUCCUCGACCUGUCGAAUCUAACAACUCUAAAAACGUUUGAGCCUGAUUGCCUGAAGCCCAUUGCAGGCAUACAUGAGUUAGUCAUGACGGGGAGCAAACUUAGCACUCCGCUCACGUCUAAACUUUGCACAGAGCUCUCUGGGACCGCAAUCCGCAGCCUCUCCCUCCAGAAGACACAGCUAGUCACACUGACCAACUCCACCUUCAAAGGCCUGGGGAAGACCCACCUCACUUCUUUGGAUCUAUCCCACAACAGCAUGGCUAAGAUCGGGGACGGUUCCUUCCAGUGGCUGCCCAUACUGGAAGUUCUUUCUCUGGAGCAGAACAACCUCAAGCACCUGACCAAGGACACUUUCCACGGGCUGGGGAAUCUGACACAGCUCAACUUGAAUAUGGCGCUGGUGAAGAGUCACACUUCUUCUUAUCCUAUUAUUGACGACUUCUCCUUCCAGCCACUAGGGGCACUGGAGAGCCUGAGCAUGGAGAAUACUGCCUUUAGAAACAUCUCGGUGUUCACCUUUGCAGGUUUGAUGAGUCUCCGCCUACUCCACCUGGGCGGGACCAGAUGCAUGGCGCUCAAAAUCAUCACCAACCAGACCUUUGUGUCGCUCGCAGAUUCACCUCUUCUUACGCUAAAGCUCACACAGACAGCGAUCUCCCGUCUAGGCCCUGGAGCCUUCUCCAGCUUGGGCAACCUCACCACCCUUCUGCUGGGCAACAACUUCAUCUCCCAGACCCUGACGGGGAAAGAGUUCCAGGGUUUGGGCCAGCUACAGGAGAUCUACCUCUCUAAUGGCAACCAGAAGAUCACCCUCAGCCCUACGUCCUUCAUCCACGUGCCCACUCUCAGGACUCUGAUGCUGGGGAGAGCUCUGACCGGCACCCUGGAUCUGAAUCCCUCUCCGUUCAAGCCUCUGUCCAACCUCACCAUCCUAGACCUCAGCAACAACAACAUCGCCAACAUCAAGAUUGGUCUUCUGGAUGGACUAGAGAAUCUGAAGGUGCUGAAGCUUCAGCACAACAACUUGGCCCGGGUGUGGAAGAGUGCCAACCCGGGUGGGCCGGUGCUGUUUCUCAGGGGGCUCCGCAGCCUAGUUGCCCUGGAGAUGGAUUUCAACGGUCUGGAUGAGAUCCCAAAGGAGGCCCUUCAUGGACUGGCCAACCUUCAAGAGCUCAGCCUCAGUGGGAACGUCCUGAACCAACUAAAGGACUCAGUCUUCGACGACUUGGGGUCGCUCCGGGUGCUUCGGCUCCAGAAGAACCUAAUCACGUCGGUGAGGAAGGAGGUGUUCGGGCCGGCUCUGGCCAACCUCAGCCAGCUGGUCAUGCAGAAGAACCCGUUCGACUGCACCUGCGAGAGCAUCCUGUGGUUUGUGGCGUGGCUGAACGGAACAAACGCCAGUGUGCCGGGCCUCAGGGAUGAGUAUGUGUGCAACACGCCGCAAGCCUACUACAACCGCUCGGUCAUGGAGUUCGAAACGCUCUCCUGCAAGGACAUGACACCAUUCCAGGCGCUCUACGUGCUGACCAGCACUGCGGUCCUGACCUUAAUGGUGACCUCACUCCUAGUGCGCUUCCAGGGUUGGAGGAUUCAGUUCUACUGGAACGUUCUCAUCAACCGUAUGCUAGGAUUGAGCGAUGCCAAUUCCGGAGAGGGGAGGAAGUUCGAAAACGACGCGUUCGUCAUUCAUACUGCAAAGGAUAAAAACUGGGUGGAACGAAGCUUGCUCCCCCUAGAAAAAGAACAGGGAUAUACAUUUUAUCUGCAGGAUCGAGAUGCAGUGCCAGGUGACUCGCAACUGGAGUCCAUUGUGGAGAAUAUGAAAAGGUCCAGGAAAAUACUAUUUGUGGUCACCGAAACUCUUCUGGAAGACUCCAUGUGUCGACAGUUCAUGGCCCACCAUGCCCUGCACCAGGUGAUCGAGGACAGCCGGGACUCGGUGGUGCUGGUCUUCCUGCAGGACGUGCAGGACUACAAGUUGUCCCGCUAUCUGCUCCUGCGCAGGGGCAUGCUGCGCCCGCAUUGCAUCCUCAACUGGCCCCUGCAGAGGGAGAGGGUGCCCGCCUUCCACCAGAGGCUCCGCAUCGCCCUGGGCACCACCAACCGAGUGCUGUAACUUUCUCCAUGCUAUUAUGCUUAGAAAUGUACUGAAACAUUUACUUAAAUCAAAUCAAAUGUAUUGGUCACGUACACAUUCUACAGAUCUUAUCACAG